UUAGGCUCAUAGUGCCCUAAAACUCCUAAAACGGGCUGUGAUUCUUAUCAAUAAUUUCAGAAUUGAAAAGAUACCUAAUUUUAAAACAUGUCUUUACCGGCUGAUGAUGAAGAAUCGGCGGAAGCUACCGCUGAUCAUGAUUUCAUCGAACUGAAGAGUAUGGAGGAUUUGGAGGCCUGCGAACAGCAACAAUUGCUGCAGUACGUCGAAAAGUUGCACGGCAUUAUCCGGAAAUACGACACCAAACUGGCGGCCUAUAAACAGAAACUUCUUCACUUUCUAAAUCAGGAGGAGAAGAGUUCCUGCGACAAAGGGAUCCAAGCCUUCGAAUCGGAGUUCCAGAAAAACCAGGAUUCCGUUGAAAAUAAUGAAGACACCGACAAAAAAGACAAACCCAGCGAUUUAUCGGCGACGGACGCAUUCAGCUUUGUGGACGAAAUGCGGCAGGCAGCUAAGCACGCCGAAAACCUGAACAACUUCGUCUACGAGCCGACCUCGGGCAUGUACUACGAUCCCAAGACGGGCUACUACUAUAACGCGGAGUACGGGUUGUAUUACGAUGGGAACACCGGCUGCUACUACACCUACGACCAUGGCAAAGACUCGUACGAGUUCCACUCGCAGGCUCAGGUGCAGGCGAACGAGGCGGCAAAGCCGGAAUCGGAGGACGAGCAGGUUGAGUUCGAUGAGCUGGGAGGCGUCAUCACCGAUCACGACCAGCUAAAAAAGAUCAAGGCCGACAAGCAAAAGGCCAAGGAUCGCGCCGAGAAGUCCAAGCGAAAGGCCAAGGGGAAAAAGAAGAGCAAGAAACACAGCAAGAAGAAGCGUAAGAAGGAGCAUCGCCACAAGUCGAAGAAGCGACACAGGGAUUCCGGCGAUGACCGGGAUGAGGAUGCUGAGGAGGGCGAGCUGUCGCAAAGCAGUGACUCGAGUUCCGACUCCAGUGACAAAGAGGGGAGCAGCAGCAACAGUGACACGGAGGAUAGCAGUGUUCCGGUCUUUAAGGCUGCCGGUCGCUUUCAAGACAUUGCCAAGAAGUAUCCACCCUCGCUGCGCAUCAUUGUCCAGGAAACCAAUGUGGAUGCCUUAAAAGUUGGAAGCCUGCAUCUGAUUACCUACAAAGGUGGAUCACUCGGUCGCGAGGGCACCCACGAUGUUAUUAUUCCGGACGUGAACGUGAGCAAGUGCCACUUGAAGUUCAACUACGAGGCUAAGCUGGGAAUCUACAAGUGUCUCGAUUUGGGCUCCCGCAACGGCACUAUUCUCAAUGGUUCGCCAAUGGCCAGCGAUGCUAUGGACCUAGUGCAUGGCAGUGUAAUCACCUUGGGGCAGACCAAACUUCUGUGCCAUGUACACGAGGGCAACAGUACCUGCGGGCUGUGUGAACCAGGUCUGUUGAUAGAGACACCUGCGCCGGUAGUAGCCACAGUUGGCGCAUCCACAGCAACUGUAUUAUCCCAUAAGGAGCAGCUAAAGAAGAUACAGCGGAAAUAUGGUCUAGAAAAUGAGAAAUUUGUAGAGACCGGUGGCAAUGGUCAGGGCUCAAACUACAAUGACCGCGCUGCAACUAGACGUGUCAAAGUGGGCAGCACCACGGAUAAGGAAAAGACAGAGGUGGCUUGCGUAAACACUGAGAUUGGCAGCUCCAACAAGGGUUUUAAAAUGCUUAGCAAACUGGGCUGGCAAAAAGGCGAUUCUUUGGGCAAAUCCAACGCUGGACUCCUGGCGCCGAUUAAUGUGGUGGCCAAUGAGGGCACCAGCGGUUUAGGGAACAGUGACCCAGUUACCUCCAGCUCCAGACCCAAGGACAAACGAAAGUUGGCGAACUUAAAAAUCACCCAGGCUCGAUAUCAGCGAGCCAAAGAUAUAUUUGGAGAUGACAGUGAUUAGAAAACGCAUUUUUGAUUAUGUUGGAAACACAUUUAAUUAACAAUUACUCAAACAUAUUCAUAAGUAUAUGUAUAUAUAUGUAUGUAUAUAUACAUCGGUUCUAUAUAUGUAUAUAUUAAUUCAAAAAUCUUGCUAUAAGGUUAAGCUAUCAGUCAAUUAAUUAAUUUAGCUUCGCUUAUGAACAAAAAGAAUAGGGGAAGGUAAUGUUAAAUAAAUAUGACGUCGCGUAUGUGGAUCUAAGCUAAUUGCGAGCGAAAUGCGCAUACAAACCAAUCGAUUAAAGUAAUUAUCGUGUAGCCUAUGUUAAUGUUAAAUACAAAAGCCUCUUAAGAUAUGUGGUUUCUCUUGCGAUACAUGCUGGAUAAGAAUUGCUGCAAUACGUUAUGUUGUAUGGUUGAUAAUACUUUGCCCUGUAUGUAAAAUGUAUCCGAUAAUAUGUAGUGUAAGCUUGGUUGGCAAUAGCCUAAGGCCCAUCCACCGAUUACAACACGAAAACGCACAACGAGAAUCUUUGGAUGUUGGAACUACGGAAGAACACGCUACAUAAUGCCAUAGGCCGAUAUG